GAGCUUCUAAUAUUUCACUUUUACGGUGCAGUGUCACGAAUCACUAAUUUGUGGUACACCUAUCGUGCUUUCAGAUAUUUUCAUCAACAUCGGAACUAUGAACCUAUAUAUCCCUACAGCACUGGUGUUAGCAGUGUUAGCGUCAGCAGAAGCAGGAUUUCCUAACUACGGGACAAGACAGCAGUUCACAGAUGGUAACAAUCCCGAUGAAUUCCUGUCAACUGGGAACUUCUAUACUCACGCUGACCAUAUUGAUCCUGAAACCGGAGAGAAGACCCCCGUGGAAAUUUACUUCUCGGCCAUCGACGGCGUAAUCAACCGUAAAGUCACCGUAAGGAACUUAAAGGACUCACGCCCACCCUCCGGAACGUUUUACAACGACGUUUUUCUCGUCGACCCCAAAACAGAGGCUCUGUUGACCCGGAAAGAUGAAAUGGGAGUUUAUUUCGAAAUCGAUAGUGAGGGAUUUCUGAUGGAUAGACAAACCAUAGAUUGGGGUGCCAUUGGGGCAUCUUCGUGGAGACGGCAGGACGGAGCAUGGCGAUGGUCCGAUGGAGGUCCCCGAGAACGCUCACAGACUGCGAGGGUUGCCUUCUGGGCACAGCGCCUCGACGAUGUAAUCGGGAACAUUCGUGUGAACAUCCAUUACAACAUCGUGAACGGCAUGGUGGACCCCAAACAGAGGGCAAAAAUAUACCGUAGGAACCUCCGUUUGCUCGAGCUGGACCCUUGAAAAUUUCCCCGCAUUUUAUCAUCAGAGGUUUAGAAAUCAUUGUCUAUUGAGGUUAUAUCGUCACCUACCGGCCAGAGUAUCACAAGCGUCAUGCGAAGUUUAAAAAUUUCCGCCGCAAUUUUAUUUUUUUAUAGAUAAAUCGUUGAUUGAAUCUGUUUCAAAAUUCUACUGAAUUUUAUCGGUAGCACAAAGAAAAUUCCAUUCAAAUUUUCGGACGUCUAUACUCAGCCGAGUAUCUGUACUCGUUUACGACUCUCACGGGGGCUUGACUGGAUUGACGCGGAAUCUCUUCCUACGAACUGAUCUCGCCUAGCAGUCUCCGGAUCAUUUUAUGUCAAAACGUGUGCACUUCCGCGACGCUGAAGCUCCAUGUCUAAACACAAACAAGCGCAAACUUCCGAUGGACCUAUCUCUACCGCUGGGCCUGGAAAUCCGUUAUUUCUCACGAGAACCCACGGCGCAAAGCACGCCUCAUCCAUGGAGUUGAGUAAGAGAAGCUAAGCCUGUAAGGUCUAUGGCGUUUCCACAACAAUAUGGUCAAAUUUUGACAGUUCAUGAAUUUUUUAAAUUUAUAAUGAGAACUGCUCACGAGCUCUCAAUAUUUUGGAGAAAAAUGACUCAUCAAAUCUAUAAAUCUCUCCUUGUUCCUUACUCUUCAAAUGCUCCUCAUAGGUAAUUUAAAUGUUAAAAUUUUAAAAAUUCUAUGUUUUAUAAUAUGCGGUUCAGCAUGAACGUUCGUUCAAGAACUAAAAUCCUAUUCCAUGAUGCAAGUCUUCACAGAGGUUUCAAGAGCAAUUAAUAAUUUUGUCUAAAAUUAGUAAAAGAAUCAGGUAACCAAAGAAACAAUCUAAGUAAGUAUGUUUGAUUGUUCACCCAAACUUUUAAUUAAAUGUCUAUUUUCUUGCGACGUAUGUAUGGAGAGCUCGAAGAAAACAUAUACUUUCAGAGAGAAUUAUUUCUCUCAUUGAAAUCUAAUAAUACUCGUACCUCCUUCAACUUAUUUAAACCCUCUCAUCUGUUGCUUUAAACUAGGAUUUUCUUUUCAAAAAUGUAUUUUAUCCUGGAAGGAAA